UGUAUGUUUCAAUUCGACGAAUCCACCGACUCUGCCGUGAAGAUACAAUCAAGGAGGCCUCGUCCUCCUCCAAAGACGAGCACGGAAUGGCUAGAGAAAAACAACUACACCAAAUGGCCGUCAAGAGUCGACGGAGAAGAACUUGGAAACGUUGGAUGGGAUUACAACAGCAAAGAAGCAAUAGCAGCAGAUCUUAUGAAACACGCACCUCUGGACAUCAAAAUCCUAGAAGAAGUGGAAGCAGAAUUGAUGCAACUGGAAGAAAAACUGGGCGUCCAUGCGAACUCAUUCUUUGAAACCAAACAGAUGGACACGACUACAAGAAGCAAGACUGCAGACGGUCUGCGCUUUGCCCCACAUCCGGUCUUUUUGACUGAAUUAUAUGAUCAUGAUGUGGUUGCCGCGUACAUCAAUAUCAAACCAAAACAGAAGGUCAAAAAUGACAGUGAGGAUCAAACCGAAGCGACAAAACAUGUGAAUUAG